UUUACAAGCGGAUGAAACCAUCAUUGUUGGCAAGGCAUAGACUAACUCUCUUUCGCGAGGUAAUGCCGGGCGCUUCAUCCAUAUCAAUCUCCUCGCUUGUCAUUCCUUCCGGCAAUCUCCAAUCAAAGCAAUACACGAGGUUCGCGAGCGCGAGUUCAACAAUCGACACCGCGAAGUUAAUCCCCGGGCAAAUCCUCCGCCCCGCGCCGAACGGAAUAAGCUCGAAAUCGCGCCCUCUGAAAUCCAAAGAGCUACCGAUGAAUCUCUCAGGCCGGAACUCUUCGGGGUUCGCCCAAGAUUCGGGGUCUCGACAAAUUGCCCAAGCAUUGAUGAUAACCCUAGUUUUGCUAUGAAUGUUGUAACCAUGCAGUUGUGUACUCUGCAUCAGCUCUCUUGGCACCAGUAGAGGCCCGGGUGGGUGCAGUCUCAUUGUUUCUUUUAUGACUGCUUUUAAGUAGCUCAUUUUGAUUA